CGGUGACUGGCCCCCGCUGAAGGCUUGGCCGUCGUGAUCCGUCGUCGGCCGCGGUCCCAUCGUACCGCUGCAACGGUUCGCACAUUCACGUGUUUAGUUCACAGUUUUGUAAUGCUACCAAAAUACGUAGAUACACGUUAAAAUAAUAACCAGCACAUCACUUGGCACGUGAUGCGAAUAAUACAAAAUCAUAUGUUCGAAGGGGCAUUAAGUGUUUCAAAUGGUAAAGGAACGUGACUCUUUGGUGUCAUCUCUCCAUCCAUGAGACGGUGUAAAUAAUGUGUGGUUAGUGCGUAAUUUGGGCUUGUGCAGCGAUUCAGUGAUCACAAAAUGAUAAUACUACAAACAAUCAAACUUAUUGUGUUAGCAUUAAAGCUGCUGCCAAAGCGGUUUACGCAUAGAAAUGUGUUAUUUAUGAUAUACCUGGUCACUCUGGUCACACACGUGAUGAUGGAUGAACCAAGAUUUGCUCAACCCAUCCCCAACGUAACCGUUGCCGUAGGGCGAGACGCAAACCUUCCCUGUGUGGUGGAGCACUUAGGAACGUACAAGGUCGCGUGGAUACACAUCGAUCGCCAGAUGAUUCUUACGAUACACCGCCAUGUAAUAUCGCGCAUUCCUCGGUACAGUGUAACGUAUGAUAACUCCAACACAUGGCUUCUUCACGUCAGCCAAGCCCAGCAGGACGACCGGGGCUACUACAUGUGCCAAGUGAACACAAAUCCCAUGAUUAGCCAAGUCGGAUACUUGCAAGUUGUUGUGCCUCCCAACAUCCUGGACAUCGAGAGCACUCCGUCGUCGGUGGCCGUGCGAGAAAAUCAAAAUAUCAACAUGACGUGCCGUGCCGAUGGGUUCCCCACGCCCAAGAUCAUCUGGCGCCGCGAAGACGGCCAAAGCAUCACGGUGGAGCGGAAGAAGAAAGUGAUGGUAUACGAUGGUGAGGUGCUCCAUCUGACGAAAGUAAGCCGCAACGAAAUGGGCGCUUAUCUCUGCAUCGCCACUAAUGGUGUGCCACCGUCGGUGUCUAAGCGGAUUAUCCUUGAUGUUGAGUUCUCGCCGAUGAUAUGGGUUCCGAAUCAAUUAGUUGGGGCGCCCCUUUCCACCGACGUCACGAUCGACUGCCACACCGAGGCACAUCCUAGGGCCAUCAUUUACUGGGUGUACAACGCCGUGAUGGUGCUGCCGAGCAAAAAGUACAUCAUCGAUUACAACGAAAACUCCUAUCGGGCCCACAUGAAGCUAACUAUCAAAGGCUUAUCGAUGGGUGAUUUCGGAAACUAUCGCUGCAUAUCGAAAAAUUCGCUCGGCGAAACGGAGGGCUCCAUCCGGGUGUACGAAAUUCCACUUCCAUCGACACCAUCGAAGCAAAUUACUCACGUGAUGGAACCGAAGGAAACAGUCCCGGUCGUGGUGUCACGUAAUGAAACCAUUAAGGUCACCCAACCCGAUGUCCUGUUUCCGAUGAAGAACGACGACUACGCGCAACGCUCACCGAACGGUAUCCCUUUCGAGCGCAAGGGAUCGCACCCCAUCGGCCAAAGUUUCUCCUACACCGACAUGCCACCGAAGGAGUUCGGUGUGUCCAACGAUGUCCGACGGUGCUGCUGGACGUUCUCGCUGCUCUCGCUAAUUAGUGUGCCAUCUACGGUGCUGGCCCUGUACGCAAGUAGGCUGUUGCUGUAAUUUCUACUUCCACAAUCUGCUCUAAGGACACAAGCUUCUCGCCCAGUUGCCCAGUUACCACGCCAGGAUGCAUCGAAGAUGAACCGGGCCAUCCCGCCGGGGUUGCUCAUCAUUUGCUCAUAUCUCUCUAGCCGGCGGUGCGGUGAAACAUAUCCUUAAUGCUAGACGAUGUAACACGAAUAAUCAUCUUAUCGGUUGAGUAAGGCUGAGAUAGUGUGUAAAAAUCAGGUAAUAAAGAAAAUCCGCUUAAACGGGUACGGGGCGAAAGGGAAUGGCCAACCAAUAAGUACUGGCUCACGAUACGGCGGCUGCGUUACGCGUUUCUGAUUGUACCAUAUUGUCGCAAAAAAGAUAGGGACAUAGGAGUGACCAUUAGUACUUCCAGUGUUUAUGAUUCUAUAUUUUAUUUCCCGUUCCUCGUGCACGGUGGAUAGUCUUAUGAACGGAAUAUGCUUGACGCGCUUGAGUAUAAUUUGGAAACCAUUAUUCUAGCGGCAGUUUGUUUCGAUCGACCCGAAUCGCCAGAUCACCAGAAAUUAUAGACACCCGUUGUAUCAUAGCGAAAUGGAAAGCUUAGCUCUUGGUGAAUUUGUUAACCACAGUACCACAAAUUAUAGAACAAAAAAAAAGUAAGCAGCAAAAGGUACGUUGCAGACAGAAUAUUAUACAAUUUAUGGACAUACGACCCUUAGGAGACAGUGGAGCAAUGUUUCUGAACGGCACACGGUGGUACCUUCGUGGAACAGGAACGGUACUGUGAAACGGGGAGCUCUGGCUCCACUAGCAAACGAUGUACAUAUAUGGAAGCCCCCGCGAGGCAAACGGGCGAAAACAUGGUAAGCGGCCAGUGGACCAUGUCUUGGACGGUUCGACGACAAGUUCGACCGGCGCAACGGAUUGCAAAAGGUAAUCAAUGGCUGAUAGCGCAUACACUGUUAGGUUAUUCGUUAUGUUAACAUUUUUCGGGGUCGACCUAGCUCAAACACUAAACGGAACG